UUAGAACGCAAAACCUUUUCUGGGCAUCCUGAAUGAAUGGACUCUGAAAUUUCGCCUGAAAAUUACUGGAUAACUAGACAUUUACAGACACAGAAUCAAUUUUUCUUUGUUAUUAACCAGAAACUGAAAAUUGUUGAGUUUUCCCAACUUCAUGUAUAAUAUCUCGAGAUGGCGAGCGGAGGAAGCAGUAAGGAGAUCAAGCAGCUUCUGAAGAACGCCAGAGAGGCAAUAAGGAGCAAGGAGUACAAGGAAGCACUCAAACACUGCAAGGCCGUUUUGAAGCAGGACAAGACCAACUACAACGCCUUGGUGUUUGUCGGGGUAGCCGCAGCAGAGUUGGACCAGCCUGACCAGGCCGUGGCUGCCUACAGGAAAGCCAUCGAGACCGAUCAACAACAACUUCUGGCUUGGCAGGGUUUGGCUGGGUUCUACGAGAAAAGCGGGAACCCGGACCAUCGGCCGGAACUCGCCGGCGUUUACAGUCAGCUGAGGGAGCUGUUUCAAUCCAAAGACCCCAAAAAGUGGCGCGAGGUGUCGGAGAAACUGGCGCGAUUGCAGGAUGAACUGGGCGACACAGAGCAGGCGGUUCAAGUUCUCAAGUCCCUCAUCCAAUCAGAAGAGAGUGAAGACGCACCAGCGAGUGUGAGACACUGGAUUCAGAUAGCUGAUGCAUUGGCCAAAGUGCCUGCAUUGGUAGAGGAGUACAUCAUGCUUUUGGAGAGAGCUUACAAGAUUAUUCUGGAGUCCGGAGAGGACAGACAGCAGCACUUUGGUAACUACAUCAAGUUCUUGUCGAAGUGCAAUGACGUCAGUGAUGAUCGUGUCCGAACAGAAUGCCUCAGGAUGCACGAACUAUUCCCCUCAGAUACCUACCCUCUGACAAUCCUGGCGGGGAUAUAUCUGAAGUGCAAACCAGAAUGCCUCGACGAAGUAGCGGAGUCCGUGUAUACCAAACUACACAGUCUGGACGAGACAUCCUCCUCAGCAUUCCUGGGAAUAGGACAAACCAGCCUGGCCCGCAGGAAUUAUCUACUUGCAAGAGACAAGCUUCAAGAAGGUCUUAAUGGAAGCAGAAACAAUGUACACGGCUGGCUGUAUCUCGCCAUGGCCCAGCUUGGUCUCCAUGACAACCGGGCAGCAGUGGAGUCAUCAAAGGAAGGGCUUAAAGUACUGACCGUUAGCAAGCAGCUGGCAGCCUCGCAACUAAAGAGGGCGCUUUUGACAGUUCAGGCUGAUGCGCUACUAGACGCAGGAACCCGUAGUCAGGCGCAGAAGGCGUUGCAGAUCUACCAAAAAGCGAAGUAA